AUGAAGGACGAUGUCAUCUACCAAGCGGCUUUUCAGUGUACAAAGUCGUUUGAGCCUCUACUGUCUGACCCCAAGAUCAUAGAAGACAGUGCUCGAUUCAAGGUCUGGGUCGGUAAUGUUGGUGCCUCACGAAUCGGAGUAAAUUCGUUAGAUUUCAAGCUUCGCGAUUCUUCACACAUUAAAAACCGAAUUCUCAGCCUGUUGGACGACCUUCAUGAGUGUCUGAAUAAUGCGGAUGCUAUCAUCAAGGGAGAAAGGAAACCUUGGGACCAAUGCCUAGAGGAUUCCCAGGUAGACGACAAUGAAGAUGAGUACAUCGACGCACUGGCAAAAGACAGCAGCAACACCUCUGGCUUUGGUACCGAGCUGGACCAGAUCCGCGCCGAUGUGGCCGAGAUUGUGAACUGCUUGUAUCAGCUCUCCACCACCACUCAGGCCCCGGCACCCCAUGAUCAGUACAUGAUUGCGCAUCACCUAGUCAUUGAGGAUGCAUACAUUCGUCUCGAUAUAUCCGCCAUCAUGGUUUAUGAACUACGAGAAACCUCACUAGCUCUGGCCACGCGGCUGGCCGAAGCCAAUGCGCGGCGCCGUCGGUAUUGGACAUUUCGGCAAACUCGCAACAAUCACAAAAAGGAUUAUCCGCAAUUUCAACUCGCCGCUCAAGAAGAUGACCCGGAAAUCAGCAGUGCUAUACCUUUGCCGGAGUCGAGGAAAAUCAACACUCUUGACAUUCCUGUCCCGCCACCACAAUCAGAAGAUGGAACUUUGGAAUGCCCAUACUGCUUCACUGUAAUCUUCAUAAGCACGCCUCAAACAUGGAGAGAACACAUAUACUCCGAUCUGAGGCCAUACAUCUGUCUCGAAGAGUCCUGUCGUAGUGCCGGCCAGCACUAUCUAACCCAAAAUCAGUGGAUGGAGCAUGUCCUACAACAUCAUUGGCGAAACUGGAGGUGUGUCUUUUGCCCCAGCGCGACAUCCUUUGAGUCUUCACUGGAUCUAAGACGUCACCUGGAAUCGAGACAUGAAGAUUCUGUCAGCAAUUCCAGCCAGGUUGAUAUUCUCGUUCAAUCUGGAAAGCAGGCCAAGAAGCUCGAUACUUGCACGGCAUGUCCCCUCUGUGCCGAGACCCUGCAAGAUGCCGGCGUAUAUCGCCAGCAUGUUGGAAGACAUCAAGAACAAGUAGCACUACUGGUAUUUAAAGACAUAAAAAAGUAG